AUGUCAACAUUGGGAAAAAUCGACAUCGUUUUUAGGAUCCAGCCAUUUAGGAAUGAAAGCACUACUUUAACAAAAAAAAUUAAAAGAAAGACAGAAUUAAGCCCAAGGAUUUCUUGUAUCUAUGAUGGACGACCAAUCAUUCUUGAAGAUGAUGAUAGAAAAAGAUUAGAUGAAAACUGUAUUUUUUUCAAGAAGGGUGGAUUUGGAGAAAUUUUUGAAGUGAAAGGUAACAAUGUGUUCAAUAUUCCGCUGGCCAUCAAGAAAAUCAAGACAAACAAGGACAGGAGCAUGAGGAAUUUGGCAUCAAAUGAAAUGGUUGUGUCAAGGAUCAGGCAUCAGUUCAUCCUUCCUUUGCUUGCUACAUGUUAUCAAGAAAAAGAGGCCUACUGUGAAUAUUGGUUUAUAUCUCCUUUCUGUGAAAAUGGUGACUUACUUGGUGCACUUCAGUUGGAUAUUUCCAGAGAAGAACCAAAGCUAGAGGUCAAACACAGGAUCAAAAUUUUGUUCCAGAUUGAGAAAGCCUUAGAAUAUUUGCAUACACCUGUUAAGGGUGUGAGAGAUGCCAUCAUACACAAAGAUGUUACAUCGUCAAAUAUUCUGCUUGAUGGAAAAUUUAAUGCACGGCUUAUUGACUUUGGAAUUUCAAGAGAGAAAAACGAUGUCACUAAUUGUCGAUCUGGUAGGGAUACAUAUAGUCAUGAUGAUGUUGGGAAAUCAGCUGCUUGCGAGGAUUGGGAUUACUUCAGCUUUGGUGUUGUGGUCCGGGAAGUAUUGACCAGUUUGAAACCAGAGGGAAUUCAACAUACUUACCUGAAAAAUAUGACUCAAGGGAAAAUUAUGGCGAACAUAAAGCUGCUUGGAGCACAAAAGCACAAUAAAGAAGGUCACCCGUAA